UUGCCAGAUUUUUGCCGGCACCCAAGGGCAUUUCGAAACUUUCUCCAAAAAGUCCACGCGGAGCGGCUCUGCUGGACUAAUUACAGCCCGAACUUUCCCUAAUGAGCCGCCGUGAGUGUGCGGCACCGGCCGAGCGCCUGUGGGGUCGGGCGCAGGUGGGAUGUCGGUCAGUCGUACAGAUGUGAAGGUGUUCUCCGGAUCUCCCUCCCUCUCCAUCUCCCUGUGUUUUAUGUCUGCGUCACAACAAGUCGAAGGAGAGCGAGGCAGAGAUGAUGAUGGCGUCUCUCUCGGGCUGAUUCUCAUGCCGCUUCCCUGACAAACACGCUCGAUAGCAUCAACCGAGAGACAGAGGGAGGUUGGGAACAUGAAGCAGAAGACAGACAGAGAGAGAGAGACGGACGGACAGACGGUUGCGCACUGACGGCUUGAGUGACGCGCGUUUGAUCCGCCGCGACUCUCCAAACGCGCCGAUUAUUCGGGACAGUGAUUGAGACGCAGAACAACAUCGGGCAUCAGGCGUUUCAUGUGAGACUGACAUCUCUUCCCCGUCUCUGUGACCCCAGCAGAGCAGAACACUUAACACAGGAUGGGGGGAGUCAGUGAAGGAGAGGAUGUUUUAGCCAGGUGGAGCGAUGGACUUCUGUACCUCGGCAAUGUCAAACGAGUGGACAGCGUCAAGCAGUGCUGUUUGGUCAGAUUUGAGGAUAACUCUGAAUUCUGGGUCCUCAGGAAAGACAUCCACUCAUUCUCUUCAGGUGGAGAGGAUGUGUGCUGUAUCUGUGAUGCUCCGCCUCUUAAAGAACCUCUUGUAAACUGCCUCAAAUGUCGCCACGGUUAUCAUCCAGAAUGCCACACGCCGUCCAUUGAACCUGAAGUUGACCCCAACAGCUGGAUAUGUCGCCAAUGUGUCUUUGCAGUCGCAACAAAGAGAGGGGGAGCGUUAAAAAGAGGACGCUUCGCACGGCUCAUGCAGAUCAUGAAAGUGCGGCUUCCCUAUCAGCUGUCAUCUUUAGACUGGGACCUUCAGCACUUGACCAACCAGCAGCAGUGUUACUGCUAUUGUGCUGGACCAGGAGAGUGGAAUCUGAAGAUGUUGCAGUGUGGGAGUUGUGGGCAGUGGUUUCAUGAAGCUUGCACUCAGUGCCUGACCAAACCUCUUCUCUAUGGAGACCGCUUUUAUCAGUUCCAGUGCUCAGUGUGCACAAAUGGUCCAGAGACCAUCCAGAGGCUUCCAAUGACCUGGGUAGAUUUGGCCCAUUUGGUGCUGUAUCACCUCUCCCUGUGCUGCAAGAGGAAGUAUUUUGAUUUCGAUCAUGAAAUCAUGUCUUUUGCAAAUGAAAAUUGGGAAUCUUUGCUUCUUGGCACGCUGUCAGACACACCGAGGCAAGACCGUUGCCAAAACCUGCUCAAUGCUUUAAAUUCCCACAAAGACAGGUUUGUUUCGGGGAAGGAAAUAAAGAAGAAGAAGUGUCUCUUUGGUCUUCAAGUUCGGGCUCCUCCCCCUCUGUCAUCGGACCAAUCACCUUUCAUCGCCGAACAGCCAAUCAACAUCACCCACAGGAGAAGCCCCACGUCACUGCCCUGCCAGCGGAGAGCGGUGGGUCCGGAGGCCCGUAAAUCAAAGCGUCGGGUCACUGAGACACAGACUUGUCCUACAGGAGUUGCGACAAACGCUAUUGACCUGGUGCCAUGCUGCCACGGUUAUGUUGAUGGAACAAGCCUGUAUAACCCUAGAAAACCAGAGGAAGAGAUGAGUUUGGGUUCACCUCCCAAGAGAAUGUAUGCGCUCUAUCACCCUUCAUACAACGGAUCUCAGGACCUGUCUAGAACUCUGCAUCAUUACAGUGCAGAGGACCCUUGUCGACUUCCAGCCCCCUGCCUUCCAUUCUCUCUGUCCUCGGGUCACCCGACCGGACAGCGCUAUGAAAGCUGCCCGUCUCUCUUCCUGCAUGACGUGCCACCCUACCCCAGUACAGUCGGCAUGGGGGGGCCCACACCGAUGGGGUGGGGCGGAAGCGACGCCGUCAGGAUCCUGGCCAGACGCGUAACGGCGGACGGGAAGGUCCAGUACCUAGUGGAAUGGGGAAAUGUGAGCGUGUACUGAGAACCUGUGUGUGACAGAGAAAGAGGAAAGGGCUAGAGACAUCAAGAUGCAUCAUUAGGGUUUGCAUGGUUACGAGCAGAGGUGUGAAAGCAUCAAUGAGCAGGUGGGUGUUCAGCGGUCGGGAGAAGAAAACCACAUCGAGCAAAUCCAGGUUGAGCUACACAGCAGCUUCACUCUGAGAUUAUACUGUUAAAUCUCUUACACUUUCCUUUACAGUGUCUCCUAUAUUUUGAAUACUGUUAGAAAACGCCUUUAGAAUGCCUUGAACUUUAUUAUCAUGAUUUGUAAUGUAUAAGCUAUUCAUCGCCAUCACAUGUUCUUCAUGUACACGUAACGGUCAGAAAUUUCAGGAAAGCUUCAUCAUGCGGUCACAUCAAUAAUUGUAAUAUUUUAUCGACAGGGAAAUGAGUGUUCCUCUAAAAUUGUCAUUAUAGAACUAUUUCAGGUUUAGUCCAAGUCAAACUCAAUCAACAGCAGUUGUGGCAUAUUGUUAAUUACUAAAAAAUCAUUUCCACUUCCAAAAAUGUGGGUUACACUUAAAAUGGAAGUGAAGGAAUGUUACAAUGCUAGUAGUUUACAAAUUUGUUGUCUACAAAUUGACCCUGUUAAUUCCAUUGUAAAUGCUUCACUAUAAUCUUGACAUUUGCAGCUUUUUAUUUUUUAUUUAAGAAAAUGUGGGAUUAACAUUAUGCCGCAAAUGCUGUUGAACUUGUACUGAAUCCUGGAAUAUUCCUUCAAUAACAAACGUAUCCUUCAAAAAAAAUUUAAGUAAUAAUGACAAAUAAUUAUAAUAGUUUGUCAGCAUAUUUUAUUCAGAGGAGGAAUUUAAUUAAAUAAAUUUAAAAAAAUCUUUGAACCAUUUUGAAAUUACUAUCUUGUGGAAGCCUAUUUCUGACACAUAAGACAAAAAAAAUGUGCUUUGGUAAAUCUAAAUCAUGAAAUCAAAAGUCAAAUCAAAAUGACAAAAUGUCAUAUUUAUGAGAUGAGAUGUAAUAAUUAUGACAUACUGUAUUAAUGACAUAAAAAGUACAAAUUAUGAUGACCUAGAUAUUACAAGACCUAGUCGUAAUUAACAAAAAGUUUAAAUUAUGACAAAAGUCAUAGUUAUGACAUAAAAUGCCAAGUCAAAAUUCUGACAUAAAAAGUCAUAUUUAUGGGAUAAAAAUAAAAAUUAUGACCUACCAUGUCAUAAUUGACAAAGAUGACAGAUAAUUUUAACAGAAUAAUUUUAAAUAUGACAGAAUAAUUUUAAACAAAAAAAAAAGUUAUGGCAUAAAAAGUCAAAAUUAUGAGUCUAAAUUUUUGUAAAAAUUGACUUUUUAUGUCAGAAUUUAAAUUUUCUAUGUCAUGUUGACGUUAUAAUUUAAAAAUGUUAUAUUAUAAUUAUGAUUUUUUUUAUCAUAAAUUAAUUUUAUUUCUUUUAUGAGACUUUUUAUUUAAUGAAUAUGAUUAAAAAUGUCAUAAUUUCAUCCUUUUAUAUGUCAUAAUUAUGACUUUUCAUGCCAUAACUGUGAUUUACCAAAGCAUGAUUUUUUUCUUACUGUAUGUGGACUUCCAUAGUAACUCAAAUAGCUAAUCGCUUAUUGUUUUUAAAAAGUGCACCGACAGAAAUAUGAUUCAAGAUGGCAGAAACUGAAAACAUUUAUCAGGUCCGAUAAAGAUUACAUGCAGAUCAUUCUACCUGAAUAAAAGCGCGAGGCUGUUAGUCCUUAUGUGAAGCUCAUUUCAUCAGUGAAUGAUAAUGAAUGUAUUGUGUGUGUUUUUUUUGUUUUUUUUAAUUAUUUUUUUAAUUCAUGGUACGUACUUGUUAGGUCAUAGAUGGACUGAUUUCAUGUCAGGGUGACAAGAAUUAGCAGACUGUAGUCUUUUUUAUAGUCGUCUAAGUUUAAUUUGAUGUAUUCUUUGACGUUUUGUCGGAUUAUGUUUAUAUGUACUCUAGGUUGACACCUAAAAUGUAAAAAAAAAACAAUAAA